GAAAGAGGUAGAGCUGACCCCUCCGGUUCUUCCCCUUCCUCAUCAUCAAAAUUUUUCUUUUUCGAAUUUGGGUCUCGACUCUUCUCCGAAUAGGAUAGUGGAUGAGUUAAUGGAGGUUAGUUACAGUUGAGGCAUACUGUAACCAAGAUCAUGGGUUCUUACAGGAAAGGUAAGCUUGCUGUUGAUGCCUUCCGGGGCUUUGCUUCGAGAAUCGUAACUACAGCUCCGAUUGGAGAGGCAAGCCAGGGAUUGAAGCGCCAACCUCAUUUUUCGAUUUCUGGUACGGGGAACGCUAGGACUUUUGGCGUUUCUGGUUUGAUUUCUUCGAGAACAAGUCUUCAAAUUGGAGGGAGACAGAGUCAUCAACUUCCCUUUCUUGGCGGUGGGAAGAGAUUCUACUACGUGGAUCGGUAUCGGGUUCAGCAUUUCAGACCUAGAGGCCCUAAGCGAUGGUUCCAGAACCCUCGGACCAUGCUCGUUGUUGUUCUUGUUGGUUCGGGUGUGCUGAUUACUGUUUACUUUGGGAAUUUGGAGACAAUUCCCUAUACAAAACGCAAUCAUUUCGUGCUUUUGCCAAAGAGGGUUGAGAGACAGAUUGGAGAAGCUCAGUUUCAGCAGUUGAAAGCUUCUUUCAAGGGAAAGAUUCUUCCUGCUAUACACCCUGAGAGUGUUCGGGUGAGGUUGAUAGCGAAGGACAUAAUUGAAGCUCUGCAAAGAGGGUUAAGCCAUGAACGUGUGUGGAGCGAUCCCGGGUAUGCAUCGGAAACCAGUGGGAUGUCCGAAGGUAACACCCAAGAUACUUUGAUGGCAUUGCGUGGUGGUGCAGAGGGGAAGUUUGAAGAAGGUUGGAACCGUGAGGAUGAGAUUCUUGAUGACAAUUGGGUCGAAAAGUGCCGGAAGAAGGGUCAUGAGCGGGGUUCACAAACUGCAACGGAUCAUUUGGAAGGAUUGAAUUGGGAGGUGCUUUUGGUGAAUGAGCCUGUUGUGAAUGCCUUCUGCCUUCCAGGUGGGAAGAUUGUUGUUUUCACCGGGUUGCUUGGCCAUUUCAAGUCUGAUGCAGAGAUAGCUACUAUAAUUGGGCAUGAGGUUGGGCAUGCUGUGGCUCGACAUGCUGCAGAGGGGAUCACAAAGAACCUGUGGUUUGCCAUCCUACAGCUGAUUCUCUUACUAUUUGUUUCCAUGCCCGAUCUUGUUAAUACAAUGUCGCACCUUCUUCUAAGGCUUCCUUUCUCACGGAGGAUGGAGAUGGAAGCAGAUUACAUUGGGCUAUUAUUGAUUGCUUCUGCUGGAUAUGACCCCCGAGUGGCACCCAAAGUUUAUGAGAAUUUGGGUAAGCUAACAGGUGAGUCUGGUUUGAGUAAUUAUCUCUCCACUCAUCCCUCUGGAAAGAAGAGAGCAGAGUUGCUAAGGCAAGCCAAAGUCAUGGAAGAAGCACUUACCAUAUAUAGGGAAGUAAGAUCAGGCCGUGGGGUUGAAGGCUUUCUAUGAAGAGUUGAUUUCCAUCUGGAAGACCAGCACAAUUUCUAACCGAGGUCAAUGUCAUAGAAGAAGCUAUAUGCAGGGACUCUGGUAACAUUCCCUUUAAAUAGUCGAAACUGUAUUUCUGAUUCCAUUUGCCUACGUAAUGGCAUUUAUUCAACUUUUGCUUUCCUAUAGGUUCCAUACCAUCUGUUUGUGUGUACACCAUGUAUUUUACAUUGGCUUUCAUUUCCAACUAAAUUUUCUAUGAACAGUUUGUUUUGCC